AUGACCCUCCAUUUGUUUGUCAUAUUUUUGGCAAUUUCAUUUAUUCCUAAAGUUUCUGCUGAUGUGGGCGGUUUGAAUUUCCCGCUUAUUGUGGUUGCGGUGUCCUUCUUUUCAAUUCUAUUUUUGGUUGCCAUCUGCUGCUGUUGCAAGCGGAAGUCAACGCAAGGCCAAGUUUUAAGGCCAACGCAGACAACUUCAGUUCCCUUGGUAAACCAACAGACUUAUCCCUCUGCGUCGUCGUAUUAUGCACAGCUUCCUAACAAUGGAAGUGUAAUUGCCUAUCCACCAGAAAACUAUACAGCGCCAAGUUCAGCUCAAUACAAUACACAACCCGAGUAUUAUACACAGCCAGAGUACAAUACCCACUCUGAGUAUAAUAUGCAAUCUCAGUAUAAUACGCAAUCUCAGUAUGAUACUCAACCUGGGUAUAGUGCGCAGCUUCAGUGUAAUACAGAAGAACAUCAGUAUACACACCAUCAUUAUCAGCCGGCAGAAGCAAGUGUAUGGCAAAAACCAGGAAAACAAGCAUCAGCCCCUCCCCCUAGCUAUGAUGAAGUAAUGAAAUGAAGUACUUCAAUAUGUUCGAUUUUGUGGUAGUACCUCAUACUAGUCUGUUGAAAUGGUAAGAUAUCGAAUAUAUAUCUGUAUUUUAAACUAACCAUGACGACCUAAUUCAUUAACUAGUUGGUUAUGAAUUAUGUAAAUAAAAGAUGGAAAACGGAGGAAUAAACAGCCAUUCAGACUAGUUUAGAGACCGCAAUGAAAGUCAACUUUUCCUAUGUACAUGAACAUGUGCCUUCGAUUCAAAUUGUUUAUCAUCAGUUGAUUUAAUCAGUGAAACUUUAUUUUCGAUUUGAUGUAUUCGACGAUAGGUAGAACUACAUAAUCUGUGUCUAGAACCACAUUAUAAGUCAGAUCUUAAAUUUUAGAUCAACUGAGAUAUUUUAGGUACAUAUCAGGAGGGCAUUAACACAGAUUAAUUGAUGCUUGGAAUGUGCAAAAUAUAAUUUCAUCGUUAUAGUUCAACGAUUUUGAGGCUGAAAACUUUGCGAAAAAGGGUCUUCCCAAAUAUUUGGAAUACUUUUCUGCAAUUUUAGUCUCUGUCGUGAUGGUAUAUUUACUUUCUCUUUCUUACUCUGUUCUUUAUCAUAAAAAGUUCUUUUGUACUGCACUCUUCAUGAAGGAAAAGAAAAUCAAGAGAUUUGUCUCAAAUCUUCUAUUACAGUUGUAAUUGAAGAAAUGUUGCUGGGAAAAAUAUUCUACUUCGAUAUUUUUACAAGCUGUGACGAGAUCUUGGUAAUAUUCGAUAGAUAAAUUACAGUAGUUCAUUGUUGGAAGUAUUAUAUAAAACAUGUAAACUUUGCUGUUCAACAUGCAUGGCCCCUUUUUUGUUUGGUUUUUAAUUAUAUGAUUCAAAACAAAUGACUUUUGGUCCCUUCGAACGCU